CAGUGGCGGAGCCAGGAACUUCCCUUUGGUAGGGCACCACCGGCUGCGCCGCUGCGGCACCUUCAUCCCCCUUCAAAAUAUUUUUCGGUCGCAGAAUGAAAUGCGCUGCCACCGUCUUCUGUUACAACAGCAAUAGAAAAAAGAUUUCACUUUUCCAGCUAAAAGAAAUUCUCAAUUUGCUCUCCCUCGAAAAAGCAGGCAAUGGCGACUGCGGCAGCUCCAGCAGCGGUGAACGGAGGAGGCAAGGUGACUUCUCAAGCUUAUUUGGAGAGUAUUGCUGUGAAGGACACGAGGGUGUUAAUCGCUGAUCUCUGCCGCCAGUUCUACAACCUUGGAUGGGUCUCUGGGACAGGUGGAAGCAUCACCAUCAAGGUCCACGAUGAUUCCAUCCCUAAGCCUCAACAGCUUAUCUUAAUGUCCCCUUCUGGUAAAUAUUGUCGUUGCUAUGCUAUUCCCAAAAUUGAGCUCCUCUGUUCAUCUGUUUACAUGUGUUGUCGGAUUACUGCGCGGCACCACUGGGGGACGCUGCAACUGCACUGCUGCGGCACCACCGGCUGCGCCGCUGCGGCACCUUCAUCCCCCUUCAAAGCAUUUUCCGGUCGCCGGUACGGCACGUGCCCCCCUUGCCGUACCGUCCCUCCGCCCCUGAUGGUGAUUGAGGAGGACAUAUAAGAAUGAAUAUAUUGACCAAGAAAGAAGAAAAAAGAAAUAAAAGAUGUCGAAAUAUGGAGGUGUGGCUGUGGAGGCACAUGGAUUUACUUAUCCAAAUAUGAUCCUUUUGCUUCACAAUGAUAAUAAUCAUUCUCAUUUCUAGCACUGCCUCCUCUUCUCACAACAUUCCCCUAUUAAUUGCCUACAUGCUUCUGUCUUUUGUCCAAGGAAUUCAUAACUU